AUGGCCGACCUGGACUUUCCGGAUGUAAGUUGCAAUAAAUCCGUGUCGUAAAAAUUGGCGUUACGGGGUAAGGGCUCCAAGAACGACGCUCAGAUUUUGAUUAAACUUGGCACAAAUUUAGAUUAAUCUUUUUUGAGACACAUAUGAGAAUUCUAGCUCGCGGUUUGCAGAAAUGACCGAGGUUUUUAGUUCGAAAGUUGGUAAAAAUGUGAUUUUUUUUGCGAAUUUUAGCAUGAAAAGUUUUGUGGUUGUUUCUACUGCAGAGAUUAAUACUUCUACAAAAAAUUAUUUUUUUUUCAUACAAAACUGACAAAGAUAAGGCCAAAAAGGGUUUUCUCUCUGAUCGCUAUCCGUAUUUCGCGUAUUCUCUCAGCCAAACAGAUCGUUGAAUGUCUCGGCUUCCCUUGCGAAGCCCGAGCUAAAAUUUUUAGGAAUUGAUAUGGAGGCUAUGCCCAAAAUGUGCGCUGAAUUUAAUAAAAAUCUGAGCGUUGCAAUUUGGCGUACUUGCCUCAUUAAAUGUCAAAAUCUAUAUCCAAAUUAAACAGUAAAUAAUUUUUUUUUGUUCGGUGCAAUUUGAUGUACGGAGCUUCCACUUUGUUUGUUAUAGACAGUGUUUGUUGUAAGGCAUUCGUUGAACAGAUUAUUGGCUUUUACUGUAUCUUUACAUAUUUUUAUUUUGCAGGAGGAAGAGGGAACAAAUGAGGGAAUUGUCAGCAGUCUUUUCGGCCCAAGAACGGCAGCAGUAGGUUUAUUUUUCCCCUCUAACUAUAAUACAUAAAUAUUUAUAUACUAUAUACGAUGCGUUCUCCACGAAUUCUCAUCCUUUUUUUCCAGCGUCGUCGACCGGCUAGCGCAACAAAUUUGCCGGCCCGCAAGCCCACCGUCAGCUUUCAGGAGCCUUCGAAGCCCGCAACUUCCGACGUCCGACGUCCCGCACCUUCCUUUGACUCGUCCUCUCCCCUCUCCUUAUCGGUACCAUCACGACCCGCAGCGCUUUCCUCAACGGCACCCAGCUCUUCGCGAACUCUGGACGACCUCUUUUCCACGGCCACAAAACCGCCCGAGGAACGACCACGGACGGCGUCGCGACGUCGCGAAAAUGUGGAAGAGGAGAGAGCGCCGCAAAAAGAUCAUCAACGAGAGGAAAUCGAGAGCCUGAAGAAGGAGUUGUCCACGCUAAGAUACGAGAGGGAACAAGAUCAACAACUGAUAAAUGAGUUGAGGCGGACGAACGAGAACUUACGGGAAGAUCAUGAGAAGGAAUUGAGCAGUUUGAGGAAGGAGUUCAAGUAGGUUAUUCAUCAAACUUCUAAAUUACUCAUGAUGAGUAUUUGAAACGCAGGAGUGACAGAUAAAAGUAUAGUCAACGGUCGGUUUGUGGUUGUAUGCACGGGGAGGCUAGCGGAAGGCUUAGUUAUUAAAAAUAGUAAGAUUGAUCGGGUCAUAGGCGAUGCCACUGUCAAAAUUUUGGCUCCGGCUCUUAGCUCCCAGAGCCGGAGCCGAGGCCAAAUUUGCAGCUCCGGUUCUUGGCUCCGUGCAAAAUUUAAAAAGGCCUCCGGCUCCGAAUCCCGGCUCCUAUGCAAAAUGUUUUUUUAAAGUUUUUUGCCACAAAUUUUGACCUUUUUCUGCGUUAGAACAAUAUCUAGAAUUAGAAAAAUUUAACGUAUUGCAAGUCUUCGCCAAGUCUCCGCCGAGCCUUCGCCGAGCAUCCGCCGACCAUUCAGCGGGUUUGUCAGGCCUUGUAGGCACUUCCAACAGCUUUUUUCUAGUGCCCACUUGCCCUAUCCCCUCAUAUCGAUCGAUUUUGUGUUGACCCGAACUGUCGUCGACCCGAAGAGACGCGACAAUUUUUUAUGCCAGAAUUUGCAUAAAAAUGCCACAGUUUUCAAAAGACGCAUACCAUUGUCACUGCCCUAACUUUUGAUUCAAUUCAGGGCCGAGAUCUCCGACAUGCAAGAGAAAUACGAAGGUCAGCUGCGUGAAGUCCGCUCGAACAUCGAGGAUGACAUUGAUGUUGUAAAAAACGUGAAACGUCAAGAAGAGUAAGCCUGAUUAGCAAUAUGAAAAUUGAAUUUCAGCCAACUAGUGUCGGUGCAGUCGCGUCUCGAGAACUUGGACUACACCUUAAGCUCACUUAAAGACACCAUCAACGCCUUUGGAAACUACAACGAGCCGGUGAAUCGGGUAGUCGAUCUGGCCGAAAAACAAAUCGAAGAUGGAAUGGCGUUGCUGCGGACGGAGAAAGCGGAGUUUCAAGCGAAAAAGGAGAAGAUUCUGGAGACGUUGGAGAGGGAGAUCGAGAAAAUGACAGAGACUUAUUACAAGGAAAUUGCGGAGGUAUGCCGCAGGCUUCGAAAAUAAUCCAUCUGUGAACAAGAUAUCGUGCGAGACCAACAUUUGUUCGCUGUAGAAGGGCUCCGUUUUAAGGAGUUUACUUUACGAUUAGCCUAAGGUUUAUUCAUGCAACUUCUUCAGUGGUUUGCCAUAGGUAGAUCUUUUUUGAGCUUUUUGUACAGAGAUUUUACUAGGGGGUCGGGGAUAUUUGUCACGACUUCGCGUGCGAAUUUGCAUAUUCACACGGAAUGGCCGACAAAUUGGUAUAAAAGGAAGAGAAAUCGCCAGUUAUGAAGGUAUUAAUUUGUGUUUUUGUCUUUUCCCGCUUAUGCGGUUGUGGCCAAUAAAGUCUACUAUAUUUACUAUUUGUCUAUUGAUUUGUCUAUGGUCACAUCGUCUGGAGUCAAUAUCGUGAGUUCACAGUUUUAUUGCCAGAGUCCUCUUGCUUGCGUCUCCGGGUUAGGUAGUGAAUACUAGUAGUCAGGCAAGUUAAGGGCCAUCUUACACCACGACUCAUAGCUAAGUCGUGACAUAUUCGGAAAAACCUAUGUAAUCAACGUUCUCUCAACUUUCAGGGCCGGCAAUGGAUUCUAAACGAGCGAGUUAAACUUGAAGCGGAACGCGAAGCCUUCAAGGAGGAGCAGCAAGAGAUUCUAAGUCAAAUCGAAGAGAGAAAGAUGGCAUUGGACAAGCUGCGAGUAUGUUCUUCCUUCUCCUUUUUAUCUUAUUUUGAUCCCCAUUACAGACUGACUUCGUCUCCAAAGAGCACGAUCUGCUUGUGCGCGUCGUCAACGAACGUCAUCAACUCGACGAGGAGCGGCGAAUGUUCGAACGACAACGGCACGCGGACAUCAAUCGGAUGCGCGCCGAGGCCGAGCAUCUGGAGAAGUGUUUUUUGGAGGUUCAAAGAUCUCAUCAGGCACUCCAAGCAACACAAUUUGAAGUGGAGUUGGAGAGGCGCAAAGUCGCAGAGCUGUAUGAGGAACGGUUGAAGAAAGAGGUUGAAGGGUUUGAGCGAUGGCGGUAG